AUGAAGUUCUUCUCCCAACUAUUGCUGCUCGGCCUGGUAGCAGAAUCCACCGUUGCCAGCACCUGGUUCAGCAAAGGUGUCUACAACAAAUGGCACGAAACCGAGCUCGAGAGAUGGCUGUCUGACCACAAUGUCCCUUACCCGACUCCCGCAGAUCGAAAGGAUCUCGAGAACCUUGUCAAGAACAACUGGCAAUCCAAGAUUGCAUCGCCAUACAAUGACUGGGAUACCAAUCAACUCGGCGCUUACUUGAAGCAGAAGGGUGUUGAGACCAAGGAUACUGCUGCCGCCAACAAAGACGGCUUGCUUGCCCAGGUUAAGAACUACUGGUACGAGACAGAAGAGAAGGCCGAGGACUCCUACUCAAGUGUCAAGGACUGGAUUUUUGAUAGCUGGUCUGAUUCACAACUCAAGGCCUAUGCCGACAAGCAUGGUGUUCCAGUCCCUCAACCUCGCAAGCGAGACACUACGCUCCAGAAGCUUCGAUCCACCUAUGAGACCGUGGCCAAAAAGACUGGCGAGACUGCCAGCUACCCUGGAAACUGGCUUUAUGAAUCCUGGUCUGAGUCUGAUUUGAAGGAAUGGCUGGAUUCUCAUGGAAUUCCUGCCCCUCAACCAAGCACCCGUGACAAGCUGAUCGCCAGCGUUCGCCGCAAUGCUCGUAUUGCGAGCCUGAAAAUGGCCGACCUACAAGCUUCUAGUUCCCAGGCCGCUGAGGCAGCUACCCAAAGUUUAAGCGAAAAGCUGCUCGAUUCAUGGUCUGACUCUCAAAUCAAGGAAUGGGCCGACAAGAAUGGAAUUAGAGUUCCACAAGGUAGCAAGAGAAAUGAGCUCUUGGCUAUUGCACGAAAGCACCGCGCUCAACUUACUGGCGACAAUGUUUCAAACUCUGCCAAGUCUGCUUUCGGAGCAGCUACCUCGAACGCCAACAACCAAUACGCCAAGGCUACAGAUUAUGCUCAGUUGAAGAGUGACGAUGCCUUCAACUCUGCUAUUGGCACUUGGAGUGACUCCCGCUUGAAGGCUUACCUUGACGCCCGAGGUGUUCCAGUUCCACAAUCCGGAAAGAAGGACGAGCUUUUGGCUUCCGUUCGCUUGAACCGACACAAGGCAGCUAGUGGAUGGUCUUCAUGGACCUUUGAUACCUGGACUGUUGAUAACUUGAAGAAAUAUCUUGCAGACUCCAGCAGCCAGACCGCACAAAAAGCUAGCAAACAAGCUGGUGCUACCCGCGAGCAACUAGUUGCUGCUGCACAAGAUUCUUACGCCUCUGCUUCAAAGUCUGGUGGAACUGGAUAUGCUUCUGUUACUUCUUACCUUGCUAAGCAGACUGAUUCCGCCAAGGACUCUGUAUUUGACACCUGGAGCGAUUCUGAGCUCAAGAACUACCUUGACUCGUAUGGAAUCCCCGUUCCACAAGGAUCCACUAAGAAUGAACUCAUCGCAUACGCUCGCAAUCAAAGGAACUGGUUCCAAUAUGGCACCACCACUCCUCAAGGUACUCUCUGGGCUAAGCUUUCGAAUAGCGCUCAGUGGGUCUUGGACCAACUCAGCAUCGGUGUUUCUACUGGCCGCAAGGAAGCCGGCUACCAAGCCGAGAAGGCAGGUGAUGCCGUGAAGGAGGGUGCAACUGCUGCCACCAACCGUGCUGGUGAGGCGGCUCAGAGGGCUGGUGAUAAGAUCAAGGAAGAAUUGUAA